CACCGAGCGUCCGCGUACGGCCCCAACGCUCCACGCCGAACAAACUUAUAAACUCACUUUUCGCCGCCGAACAUAUUUCUUUCACACAAAAAACCUACCGUACAACAAAACAUUCCGACAAAAUCACACUCAACAACUAAAUCAUUCCAGUGAGCGAUCGGAACGCAUGAUCAAAAACUUUAUAAAGUUUGUUUUCAAGUCCGUGUGCAUGUGUGAGCUUAAAGUCAUGGCUGGACGAAGUCCCCUCUAAACCGGCAGCAAAAGAAAUUCGGAUGACGUCGCUCCAAUAAUGUGUCCCGAUGUUUAGGCGGAGUUACAAGGCUCGUUGCAUCCGAGUCCUCAAGAACCGGGCCUGGAAAAGGGUGCCAAUGAAGCUGCUAAAGUGGAGUAGGAAAAUGCCGUCCACCAAGCAGUACAACUUGGUGCCUAACGACGAGUACGACACGAGAAUACCUCUGCAUCCGGACGAGGCGUUCCAUUAUGGCAUCACGUUUCAGGCUAAGUAUAUCGGGACAAUGGACGUGCCGCGCCCCACCAGCAGGGUUGAGAUUGUGGCUGCUAUGCGACGGGUCAGAUACGAAUUCAAGGCGAAGGGGGUGAAAAAGCGCAAAGUAACAGUCGAUGUUUCUACCGACGGUGUGCGGGUUACAACGAGGAAGAAAAAGGGCAAAAACAAGAAGAGUUCGAGUUCGAAGUUGUUCGGACGCAGCAGUAAGAAUAGCGCGACUGGCAGCAACGAUGGCAACGAGCUGAUGCAUCACCCCAUCUACCGCAUCUUCUACGUCUCCCACGACAGCUCCGAUCUCAAGAUCUUCUCCUACAUCGCGAGAGAUGGCGCCACCAACGUUUUCAAGUGCAACGUCUUUAAGAGCAACAGGAAGAGUCAAGCCAUGAGAAUCGUUCGCACUGUUGGUCAGGCCUUCGAAGUGUGUCACAAGAUGCAGACCAACACUCCAGACCAGCCCGUGGCUUCCACCUCCUCCGUCAUCGAGGAAGCUAACCCUGGUGGCGAACAACCUGCCACUUCUAAAGAAAUGGCAUCAGAUUGCGGUGCGUCGGAGUCGGGGGCGGCUUCCACCUCGAAGGUGGCUGGUGAAGAAGGCGCCGUUGGAGGUGAACAGCACACCAGGCCGACACAUUUGGAGCUGCUGCCACCACCACCUAGGAAAGAUGGGAAGAGGUCGCCACAGCGUGUCACCCCAGCUCCUAGUAUCAAUCUGCCCGACCUCCCUGAAUGUGUGACUAAAGUGGAGGUGACUGUAAACGGGGAGCAAACCCCAGACUCUGCUACACCGCUGAGCGCGCAACACCAACUACAACUACUGCGCGAGCGCUUGGAACAACAGGCGCAACAGACGCGCGCGGCGGUAGCACAACUGUUGCUGCUUAGAGAUCAACUAGCUGCGGAGCAGGCUGCACGGUGCGAGGCACAGGCAAGAACUCAUCAACUCUUGGUGCACAAUAAAGAACUUCUGGAACACAUAGCCGCCCUGGUGGCUCAUCUGCAAGAGCGAGAGAAGGGCUCAUCUCGACCGAUCAGCGCCCAACAACUUACUCUAUUGCCACAGUUGUCUUCGAGCGCCAAAAUCGACCGUUGGUUUUCGCUUCUGCCAUCUGGUCAGGCUCUGUCUCGACCGGAGAGUGGGUUCAUCUCAGGAGUCGAAGACGCUGAUGCUGUCACUCUUGCGGAAGCAAAGAAUCUGCUUCUACAACUAGGAGCUAAGAAAAAGAGAAGGUUUCUACCCAUACGUUUCAGAAGAAAGAUCUUAGUAAAUAAGCACACGUUACUAUAAUAUCUUAAAAAAUAUACUUAUUGUGUACGCUGUCCGAAACCAAAAGGCACCCGAAUAUUUUUCCAUCAGAGAUGUUCUAUGACACUAUGUCAAAGAUAUGUUUGAUCAAAUAAUCAUAUUUAAAUAGUUACAUCCACGAUAAACGUAACGGGUUCAACUUUAUUUCUAAAACUAGAUAAUAUUAACACGCACUGCUCUGAAUUCUCAUCCACUGAGAAUUCAGAGCAGUGCGUCUAAAUCAACAGACAUACAAUAACCCACUCAACUUCAUUAGGUACGCACAGCUACCCAAAGACAGUAUCUUCAUAACACAUUGCUAAGUAACUAGCAUCAGUCGAAACGGUACCACCAUGCAGCUUAAAAGCAUAGGACAUAUCUGGUGAAAAGCAUAUAAGCCUUGAAAAGAUAAGGAGGUACUUAUGAGUCACGGAAAUAAAGCCAUAAGUAUUUAAGUUGGAACAAGAAAAAAUGUCGUUUUCUGACGUGACUUAACUACAAGAACUAAAACAAUGGCCACCGGUUGUUAGGACAAAUAACACACAUUAAAAAGGCAUUCUAUUCAAUUUGAGCUAGUGGACGAAUGAGAGUAUAAAGGCAUAGAAAUUAUUUGAAACGAUGGUGUUUUGCAUUUAUUUUAAAUGUGAAAAAUUAGAAUAGUAUGAAUAGUCGAAGGAUAAGACUGUUUUAGGUGAAGAUAAGGUUAGCUAACAUUCAACUGGUCAGUUAAGUGAGCGAGUUGGAAGACUGAAUGGUGAAGUUAAAAAAUAAGAAAAAAAAUGUUUUGACAGCGUACAUUAUUCCUUGUAGUGCAAUUUUAAUAUCAUAAACGUAACUAGAUAUAAUUUAUAUACGAAAAGUAUUAUUACUAAUUAUUAGGAAAGAUAGCGAAGUCAUGAAAUGUGAGACAAUAGCUGUAACCAUCACUGUGAUUUAACGGUGUGCGAUUCUGAUGUACUUAUUGAUAAUAAUCAACGUAGUUUCCAUUGAUGCAGUUUUGAGAAUAAAACUACAUUUUAAGGACAUUUGUUGAAAUUUCAACACAAAGAUAAUUAUGACAGCUAGCGUCAGAUUUUUAAAAAUACUUCCAUAGAAACUCAAUCAAUGCAAACAUUUGUUAAAUGUUUGCACUUGCAUUUUAUAGUUAAGUUAGCUUGUAAAUUCGCUUUUAAGUAGUUUACAUAAAGUUAUUUUGUAUUACAUACAGCUACCAAAUAUUUUUUAUUCAAAAAGUCUUACUGCUAUGAAAUAUUUGACUGGUUUUACUUACGUGAUAACAUUCUCCCCUUUAUUGCUUAUUCAUUAAAAUUAGAAAAUUUUCUGCGAGAGCUGAAUGAUGUCACAAAACUAGUUUUAGUUAAUUAAUAUUGUCUCAAUAGAUCUCGAAUAAAUCUUACGUCUAGAAAGCUUCACUUGUGACAUGUAUGUUUAUUGUAGUAAAUACUUAUAGAUGAUGAUCAUAGUGCCAUAUUAUAAAUGUUCCCAUUCUUAGGGAUCUUUGCCCAAAGUAUUCCUAUGGGAGCCAAUUACUUAGCAUCUGCUAUCCAUUCAUCUUCUCUGUCUGUCACAAAACAAUGGACACUUGAUUUUUCACAGAGUGCGUAUAUCAUGCGUAUUUCAAUUCUUAGAAACCAAAUUAAAUAAAAUAUAAAGAGGGUGAAAAUAAUUAAUAAAUAUAAUAACAUAAAUAGCUUAUCCAAUUUUCUUUUUUAAUUAGGCAAAAAUCUGGUUGGCUUAGUAGAAUGCCAAAAAAUGGUGAUCAUCCAUUUGUCCUGUUUAACACUGACAUUGAAAAUUAAUCCUACCUAAGUGAUAAACUAAAUAAUAGUAACAGUGUUAAAAUUUUGCUUUGCAAGGCUGACUUGCACUUGACCAUUUUUUCAAAUGGUUCUUGGUGCUACGAUUUUUAAUUACUGCUAACUCGAUAUUUCCCGCGGUGCAUGUUUGGUCUUAAUUUGCUAAGAUGUUAGAAGAUUAAAUAAUUUUUGUGCCGAAUAUCGCAAGUUGACAUUAUGCGAGUAUUUUAUUUUGAAUUUUAUAAACUCCCUCAGACAGAUUUAGCUAAAAUUUUAUUUUAUUUAUACGUACAAACGAACAAAUUGAAUUAACUGUUAAUGUGUUACAUAAAAUUGCAUGCCAAUUUUGUUUUUUAGUUAUUAUUAACCAUUAUUUAUAUUAAGGUUUUUGUUACUUUUACAUUUUCAAAAUUAGAUAUUCUUUAUUGAUGUAAGUUAAAAGUAUGUUGUA